AAGCCUCCCAUAAAACCUCAUCAGCCGCCAUUUCGACGGCUCGCUGGUAGCCUCUCCACAACAGUCGAUCCUGCACGAGCGAGCCCUAUCCGCUCAAAUCCCGAGACCCUACCCUUCUUCAAGGCAAUGGCUGCUACUUUCUAUGCAAUGUCUACUGUUGGUGCUAUUGCUUCUCCUAGCAAUGUCAGACCAAAUAAGAAGCUCUUGGCUUCUAAACAAAAGUUCUCCCAGUUUUCUUCUUUUUCUUCUAUAUCACCUAUUGCAAUCAGCGGCAGGGGACAGAGCUUGUGUUAUCUGAGAAGAGGCAACUCUAAGAUUAAUGCAAUGGCUAAGGAAUUAUACUUCAACAAGGAUGGAUCAGCUAUUAAAAAGCUACAAACUGGUGUCAACAAGCUUGCAGACCUUGUUGGGGUUACCCUUGGUCCGAAGGGCAGGAAUGUUGUCUUGGAAAGCAAGUAUGGAUCACCUAAGAUUGUAAAUGAUGGGGUGACAGUAGCAAAAGAGGUUGAGCUAGAAGAUCCUGUUGAGAACAUUGGUGCCAAGCUAGUAAGACAAGCGGCUGCUAAGACCAAUGAUUUGGCUGGCGAUGGGACAACUACGUCAGUUGUUCUUGCUCAAGGGCUGAUUGCGGAAGGUGUUAAGGUGGUUGCAGCCGGUGCUAACCCUGUUCAGAUUACUCGUGGCAUUGAAAAAACUGCCAAAGCACUAGUUACCGAACUUGAGAAGAUGUCUAAGGAGGUAGAAGACAGUGAACUUGCGGAUGUUGCAGCUGUUAGUGCUGGUAACAACUAUGAGAUAGGGAACAUGAUUGCUGAAGCAAUGAGCAAGGUUGGGAGGAAGGGGGUGGUUACCCUCGAAGAAGGGAAAAGUGCUGAGAACAACCUAUAUGUUGUUGAGGGGAUGCAGUUUGAUCGUGGUUAUAUUUCCCCUUACUUUGUGACAGACAGUGAAAAAAUGACAGUUGAAUAUGAGAAUUGCAAGUUGCUUCUAGUUGACAAGAAAAUCACCAACGCUAGAGAUCUUAUCAAUGUUUUGGAAGAUGCCAUAAGAGGGGGAUACCCAGUAGUCAUAAUUGCAGAAGAUAUUGAACAGGAAGCCCUUGCAACUCUUGUUGUGAAUAAAUUAAGAGGGUCACUGAAGAUUGCUGCACUAAAAGCCCCUGGAUUUGGGGACCGCAAAAGUCAGUACCUUGACGAUAUUGCGAUAUUGACUGGAGCUACUGUAAUUAGAGAUGAAGUUGGCCUUUCACUGGAUAAAGCUGGCAAAGAGGUCUUGGGUACUGCUGCCAAGGUUGUACUCACCAAAGAUUCAGCCACAAUAGUUGGAGAUGGGAGUACGCAGGAGGAAGUAACUAAAAGAGUUGCACAGAUAAAGAAUCUGAUUGAGGUUGCGGAGCAAGAAUAUGAGAAGGAAAAGCUUAAUGAGCGAAUAGCAAAGCUGUCUGGUGGUGUUGCCGUCAUUCAGGUUGGAGCACAAACAGAAACAGAACUAAAAGAGAAGAAGUUGAGAGUUGAAGAUGCUCUGAAUGCUACCAAGGCUGCUGUCGAGGAAGGUAUUGUUGUUGGUGGUGGCUGUACUCUUCUGAGGCUUGCAUCAAAAGUCGAUGCCAUCAAGGAAACACUUGACAAUGACGAGCAAAAGGUUGGUGCGGACAUAGUCAAGAGGGCCUUGAGCUACCCACUGAAGCUGAUUGCUAAAAAUGCUGGCGUUAAUGGAAGUGUGGUCACGGAGAAGGUGCUGGCCAAUGAUAGCUUCAAGUAUGGUUAUAAUGCUGCUACCGGGAAAUACGAGGAUUUGAUGGCUGCUGGUAUAAUCGACCCUACUAAGGUGGUGAGGUGUUGUUUGGAGCAUGCCGCAUCAGUGGCAAAGACUUUCCUCACAUCAGAUGUCGUGGUUGUUGACAUUAAGGAGCCUGAGCCUGUGCCUGCCGGAAAUCCAAUGGACAACUCAGGUUAUGGCUACUAGUCAAACUAAGACGGCGUUAAAAAUCCGAGUGAUUGGAGUCGAUGGAGCUGCAGAUGAGGCUAUGCUGGGUUAGGUUUUCAAAUUGGUAGAAAGUGAUUCAAACAGGCUAGUGUGAAAACCUCUUAGGGCAAAGGAAAAUGAGAUGUCACCAUGGGAACCUCAGUAUAUUGGCUCACUAUAUUUGUAUGAUGAUUGUGUCGUCUUCCUGAAAUUUUGCAGCCAAAUAAACCCACAAUUCCUCUUCCUGCUUGCUUUUGU